AUGGAGGACCAACAUCAUCCUCACCAUCAUUUUCCACGAAGGAAGAGGCUCGAGAGGCAGCUAGACUCCGUCAUCCUGCACUUUGACUGCUUUUAUGCCUCCGUCAUAGAGAAUGAAACACCAUCGCUGAAGAAUCUUCCACUGGCUGUGCAACAGAAACAGAUCGUGGUCACCUGCAACUAUGAGGCGCGCCGACGAGGCCUCUACAAACUGCAGCUUAUCAAAGAUGCAAAACGAAUAUGUCCAGAGGUUGUCAUAGUACUGGGUGAGGACCUCACACGCUUCAGAGACGCUUCGAAAGAGCUAUAUGCCUUCCUCAAGUCCUUCUCUUGGAAUGGAAAAGUUGACAGGCUGGGUUUCGACGAGGUGCGUUUCUGGCUGGUAUCGUCCGUUUUUAUGGACAUUUCGGACAUCGUGGACUAUAAUUUUAGCCUGCUGAACCACAACGAUCUCGCGAACUCGUUCUUUUGUCUUUCCAAAGAUGAUCCAACGCUGGGCUUCACCUUUGAUGCAGCGCUGGUCGCUGGCGGUACUUAUCCGCAAGCGAUGAAUAAGACAGGUAAGCCUGCAAUCUGCUCCAUACGCAGCGCCCCCUCAGAUUGUAACGACUUUCUUCUUCGACUACAUCUUGGGUCCCACUACGCCAGGCACGUGCGCCAGUUGCUUGAAACCCAGAAAGGGUAUACGUGCACCGUUGGCGUUUCUACAAACAAGCUAUUGUCAAAGCUUGUCGGCAAUCUCCACAAACCAAACGGUCAGACGACCCUGCUACCGCCGUACGAUGUAUCUGACACGAAUACUGUCGUCGUCGACAACGUCACUUCCUUUGUCGACGGCCAUGAGGUGGGUAAGAUUCCAGGAAUUGGCUUCAAGCUGGCGCAGAAGCUCCGAACCCACAUCCUAGGACGGCCUUCGGAGCUCGAUCUCUCUGCAAAAGAAAAUCUCGUGCUACGAGAUGAAAGAGAUGUACUCGUAAGAGACGUACGAACCUUCCCCGGGAUGGGCGCCGACGUUCUCGAGCGCCUACUGGGGGGACCUGGUACACCACACGGAAUUGGGACCAGGGUUUGGAACCUCCUCAAUGGUUUCGACGAUACUGAAGUCGGUCUCGCGCGCGAAGUUCCCAAACAAAUCAGUAUCGAAGACAGUUAUAUUCGUCUCGACACGUAUGACGAGCUGCUCAAAGAGCUACACAUGCUGGCAAGGAGCUUGCUCAAUCGCAUGCACACAGACCUCUUGAAUGAUGAUGACGACGAUGACGACGACGUCGAUGAAACUCCUAACGAAUCAGUUCUAGAUGCCGCGGCUCAAGACCCAAAAAGCACUACUAAAAAGCGAUGGAUGGCAUUCCCAAAGACGAUUCGACUCUCCACACGACCUCGACCCCCACAGAACCCCGACGGCAGUCGAAACCGCUCGUUCGCUAGGAUUUCUCGCUCCGCAGCGAUGCCAAACUUCGUGUUCAGCCUGCGGGAUUCCACAGACUCUCUGGCGGAUCGCCUGGUGUCGGAAACAUUGAUCCCCUUGUUUCGAAGACUCCAUCCAGAAAAGAGCGGGUGGAAUCUAUCCCUGGUCAACGUUGCGGCGACCAAUAUGGUCGACGCAGCGAGCGACACAGCCAAGGGUGGGGUAGGAAGAAACAUUGCAAAGAUGUUCAAGCGCCAGGAUGACGUCCUGCGGCAGUGGAGGGUCGAAGAGGAAGACGAGAUCGAUCUGGGGGAAGAUGCCGUAAGGAUCGAGGGGGAAAUUCUCCGAGAUGCCGACAGGUUUGAAAUCCCGGACGAGGUUAUGAAGGAUGUGGAGGCAAAGCCCUUCCCGUUGGUAAAUACGGAAGAGGAUGUAGAGCAAGGCGGCGGUGGCGGCAGUGCAUUGUGGGAAUCAGAGGAUGAAGAUAUGCCGGAUGACGACACGUUUCAUUGUCCACAGUGCGGUGCCACACUCCCGCUGUUCGCCAUUGAAGCGCAUAACCGUUGGCAUGAGCAGCAUUGA